CCUCCCUUGUUGUGGGAAGGUCUGUUGUGGUCUAAUCAAUGAAAUUCAGUGUUAAAAAAAAAAAAACCAACCUUCAUCUUGACACUUUUCUAUACAUUUUUAAAAAUAUAUUUAUUAUGACACAGGUAAACAUUAUUGCUGGGUCCGCUACUGGCCGCUGGUUGCCAGUGUUUGCGAAAAGAACAGGGCUAAUGUGAAUAUUUACUUAGAGAAACACCAUGACAUUUUAAAGUUAGAUUAUCAAAUAUAUGACAGCUAAGAUUAACGCAAUCCACACAAUUGAAUCUGUUGCUUCUUUUUCAAGAAACCGAGUUUAGUUUAUGCACAUUUGUCUUCGAUCCUCUGUUUUCUCUUCUAAAUAUACAGUAUAGUAACAUGCUGUUUUUUCUUACAGUUUCUUUUCUUAAUACGUUUUUUUUUGAAGAUAAUUCUUCAUACAUUCUCAGUUCGUUGAGUUGAAUAUAUAAUUGAACUUGCUAGACCUAAUUUAGAAACUCCAAUUAUAAUCAACCGCUGAAAGAAAACAUAAGAAACCUAAGAAUAACAGCUAUGCUUCGAUUGAUUUAGCUCCUAUGAAUGACAAUUUUAAACCUUAUCUACUCUCUCCCUGCUUGUGCAAUUUUUAGCAAAACCUUCAGGAGAAGAAUUAACAGUGAUUAUAAUAGUCAACGAUUCCUAUUAUUUGAAACUUUGUCUAAUAAUAACCAAAAUAGCUACAGCCAAAGAGAGAGAGAGAGAGAGAGAGAUCAAUCAUCUGCUGAAAAGGGUUGAAGAAAAGCAACUCUUUCUUUCUUCGCACUUCUUCUUUUAAAAGAAUUAUCUGAAAACAUAUUCAUCAAGAAAGAGAAUUCUCUUUCUAAUGGAUUCUCCUGAUUAAAUUCUUUUUUUGGUUGAGAAAUCGAUUUCUCGACUUCAUAACUCACAAUGUCGAGCGGGAGGCUUUGUGGCUUCACGCCAAUAACGUUCUGUCGCAAGCUCACAAGAUUGCAGGUUGCAAGAGGGCUUGCUCUAAAGAAACUUAUCAAGGGCAAACACGAUUUUAGACGUGCAUCAACAUCAAAGAACAAUGUCGAAGAAAAGAAGAGUAAAAAUAAGAUCAAAAGCACAGCUUCACAGACACCUUCCGUUGCAGAAGCUUCUCCAAAGAGCUUUAAAUCUCCAAAACAAGCUACUGCUUCAGGCAGCGCGGUGUCUCCUUUGUCGGUACAGAAGAAACCGAACACACCGAGACACAACGAUUUCGAAGGUUCUUCACCAAAAUGUACAGCAAAUUUCAUAUUAAUGGUGGAACUGAGAAAGAACAUCUUCUCUUUCAGAGAUAUGAUUGAUUUGCCUUCUCUUGAUGGUUCUUUAUCUGUCACCGAGAUCAUAACACAUACAAUGAAGGAUCUGCAAAAGCUUUCUCCAGAGAUUGUAACCAUUAACCAAUCUUUUGACAUGGAAGGAGCUGAGAUGGAUAAGAUGUUGAUUUUCUUCUACGAGGAUCUCAGAGCCAUUGGUGAUUCUUGGAUUAUGGAUAGUGACUGGAUUUAUCGGUCCAAGUACAGGAACAGUGGAGUUGGCAAGAACAAGUCAGAUCGUCUUGUGGAGCAUGUUUUAGCAGCUCUUGAUGGACUAAUCAAGAUGACAAAAGAAAGAUUUGGUAUGAUGGAUCUUGACUCUGAUGGAAGAAAAAGUUUUAAAGGUGUUCCAUCAGAAGCAAGAAGAAGCUUUAGAAGAUCUGUGUCCUAUUCAGAAAGCAACAACUCUUUUUUCCCUUCACCACUAACACCAAGAUCGGUUAUUCCCGGGACAAUGAUGUCUAGUAGUAGCUCAACAUCUCCGAGUCUUUGGAACUUAAGAGCUCAAGCUUUGGAUAAGUUAAGCCCCGUUGAUUUGAAGCAGCUCGCUAUGCGGAUUCUGUCGCGUAGAGACUCAGACAGCCUUCAAGAUCUUGAUCUCAAGAAUAUUAUAGAAGAAGAACAAGAAGGGAGUGAUAAAUUAGGAGACGACGAUGAAGAUGACGACUCCUCUGUUUCAGAAACAGAGCAUGGAAGUGAAACAGAGGAUCAUAGCAAAUGUUCUGAAACAGAGCAUGAGAUUGAAACAGAGCAUCAUAUUGAAAGUUCUGGAACAGAGCAUGUGGCGACUGAUGGAGAGCAACAUAAGGAAGGUUCUGAAACAGAGCAUGAGGAUCAUAGUGAGGCCACAACUUCAGAGACAGACUCCACAGAAUCUUUUCAAGAAGCAAUCUCAGUAACUAAACCGCCACCACCUUCUCCACCACCGCCACCACCGUCUCCACCGCCACCGUCUCCCUCACCAUCAUUUCUCAAUAAGAAAGCUAAUCCUCUCUCACAGCCACCACCGCCACCUCCAUCAUCACCACAGCCAGGAGGAAAAACUCUUUCUCCACCACCACCGCCACCACCUUCAAGAAGACAUGACUCUGGAGGUAAUAGUCCGACCACGCCGGCACCUCCAGCACCACCGGGCAGCGGAAGAACCUUGCGUGGAAAGAGAACAACUAGCAAACUUAGAAGAUCAGCACAGAUUGCUAAUCUCUAUUGGGUUCUCAAAGGGAAGCUUGAAGGCCGCGGCGUCGAAGGGAAGCCGUCAAAAGCAAGUAAAGGGCAAAACAGUGUUCCAGAUAAGUCUCCUGUUAAAGGUGCUAGAUCAGGAAUGGCUGAUGCACUUGCAGAGAUGACAAAAAGGUCGAGUUACUUCCAGCAAAUCGAAGAAGAUGUUCAGAAAUACGCAAAAUCAAUCGAAGAAUUGAAAUCUUCAAUACAAAAAUUUCAGACAAAAGACAUGAAAGAGUUGCUCGAGUUUCAUAGCAAAGUGGAAUCUGUUCUUGAGAAACUAACCGAUGAAACACAAGUUCUUGCGAGGUUUGAAGGUUUCCCUGAGAAGAAACUAGAAGCCAUAAGAACAGCUGGUGCCGUGUACAAGAAGUUAGAUGGGAUUCUAGUUGAGCUCAAGAACUGGAAGAUUGAGCCGCCACUAAACGAUCUUCUCGACAAGAUUGAGCGUUACUUCAACAAAUUUAAAGGAGAAAUCGAAACGGUGGAACGAACAAAAGAUGAAGAAGCUAAAAUGUUCCAGAGACACAACAUUAAUAUCGAUUUCGAAGUUCUUGUCCAAGUCAAAGAAACAAUGGUUGAUGUUUCAUCAAAUUGCAUGGAGUUAGCAUUAAAGGAGAGGCGAGAAGCGAAUGAGGAAGCGAAGAACAGUGAAGAAAGCAAGAUGAAUAAUGUGAAGGAAGAGAGAGCUAAAAGGCUAUGGAGGGCUUUUCAGUUUGCUUCAAGGUUUAUACAUUUGCAGGAGGUCAUGAUGAACGAGCAGAUCAUUUAACACGACAACUUGCACAUGAGAUUCAGACAGAUCCUGAUCAAGCCGAUUCAUCCAACAUGUCCUGAUGCCAGGAAUGCUGAAAUCAAGAAGAAAUUGACGCUUGAAAGAUGAUUGUAAAUUUGCAACAUAACAUUUUUGUGGGUGUCUAGUUUUGAUUUUGGAGCAAUUCAAAGAAACAGAGAAUCUUUUUUUCCAUUUCGUAUAUAUAAUUACAUGGACUGUUAAUCUCAUGUAGUCUCUAAUCCGAGGAAGUUAUGGGGUUUAAGGCUUAGAAGUUCUUAGUUAUCCAAAUAAGUAAAAAUAAUUACACGACAUAGGAAGCAAUCAAGCAAAGAUUAUAAGAAAAAGUCAACGCAGAUGCCAAGAGAAGAUAGGUUUCGAAAAGGAAAAAAAUAAAAUAAAUUCAACGAUAAUGUUUCAAAAGAAACCAUAAAAGUCAACGACAUACUCUUCUUCAAGAACGUUGUCUUCCAUGGUUAUCUCGUUAUUAUCUAUAUGAUCCUCUCUUUCUGGAUCUUCCUCGAUCAUAUCAAUGUCUUCUUCUUCUUCUAGAGGUUCUUGAGAGGAGAAGGCUAUUCUCUUCUCUUCCCUUUUAUCUUCUGUCUCCACAAUUGAAGCUGUCAACAUAUAUCAAAGCGUUGUGAUUGGAACUUGGAGUCGAAUCAAUCAGAUAAAGACGAAACACUGAGCCAUAUAGUUUUAUGGGUUUGGUUAUAGAACAACUUACAUAUUUUUCUCUUUCCUAAUGAAGUUUCUUCUCCUUGAAGAUUAGUUUGCAUAGAUGGGGUCUUGUCUUCAUUUACUUCCAUGAAAGAAGAGUUUGAGAGUUCAUAGAAAAAACACAAAGACGUUGGGUUUGACAUUUCUUUGAUGAACAGAUCUCUCAACGUUGUUCUGAGUUAUAAAUUAAAAAUGGCUAUAGGAUUUCACGAGUGACAAACUAUAUAGACAUGUGUUUCUGUUCAAAGGACUUAAAUGAUUUGAA